AUGCCAAUUGAUCAAACGGUAUUACAAGUGCUACCAAAAUUAAUUCAACAAGAUUCAAUUCCAACAGCUUCAAUUGAAUCUCUAGCUCAACGAUUCGAUUAUCAUAUAAAGGCCUUCUCCGAGUGGGAAUUACAGUAUAAGGAUAAAGAAAUGGAAAAAGAGAAAAUUGAAAAAUUGUCACAAUUAGCAUCUUAUGUCAAUCAAGGUACGAAACUAUGA